CUUCCAGAAUGCGUAUCUUUGUCAAGACCCCCACCGGCAGGACAAUAUGCCUCGAGGUCCACUCAUCAGACACCCUGUACACUGUCAAGGCAAAGAUCCAGCAGCAGUACCACCUCGUCUUUGAUGGGGUGCAGCUAGAAGACAACCGUACAUUGGCCGAUUAUGGCAUCCAACAUGACUCUAUGAUUGACCUCCAGGAAAAGAUGCAAAUCUACGUGACGGAGACGUGGGGAGGCAGGACCAUCACCCUUGAGGUCGACAGCCUAGACACCAUUGGUAACGUGAAGUCCAAGAUCCAGUACAUGGAUGGAUUUCCCAAGAGCCAGCAGUGCCUCAUCUUUGCCAACAAACAGCUGGAGGACGAUAACCGCACCUUGGCUGACCACAACAUCUGGAAGGAGUCCACCCUCCUCCUUGUCCUCCGCUCGUGUAGGCCAGGAGAAAGUAGAAUGAUGCGCAUCUUCGUGAAGACGCUGACUGGAAAGACCAUCACUCUUGAGGUUGAGAGCUUGUAUACCAUCGACAAUGUCAAGGUGAAAAUCUACGAGAAAGAUGGCACUCCCCCUAUACAGCAGCGCAUCAUCUUUGCUGGCAGGCAGCUGGAGGAUGGCCGCACCCUGGCGGACUACAAGAUUCACAACGAGGAUACCCUUCAUUUGGUGCUCCGCCAAUGUGGAGGAAUGCACAUCUUUGUCAAGAAUCCCGCCGGCAGGAAAAUCUGCCUCAGGGGGGUCCACUUGUCAGACACCCUUUACACCAUCAAGGCAAAGAUUCAGGAGCGGUACCGCCUUGUCUUUGAUGGGGUGCAGCUGGAAGACAACCGUACACUGGCGGAUUACGGCAUCCAGCAUGAUUUUACGCUUGACCUCCAAGAAAAGAUGCAAAUCUUCGUGACAGAGACGCUAGAAGGCAGGACCAUCACUCUCGAGGUAGACAGCCUAGACACCAUUGACAACGUGAAGGCUAAGAUCGAAGACAUUGAGGGCUUUCCGAAGGUCCAGCAGUGCCUCAUCUUUGCCAACAAACAGCUGGAGGACGGCAAGCUCACCUUGGCUGACCACAACAUUUGUAAAGGGUCCACUCUUCUCCUCAUCCUCCUCCCCUGUAUUCCAACUGUUCUGAUGCUAAUCUUUGUAAAGACACCGGAAGGGAAGGUCCUCACCCUUGAGGUUGGGAGCUCGGACACUGUCGACAGUGUCAAGGUGAAGAUCUAUGAGAAGGAUGGCACUAGCCCUAGACAGCAGCGCCUCAUCUUUGCUGGCAAGCAGCUGGAGGACCACCGCACCCUGGCGGACUACAACAUUCAGAGCGAUUCUACCCUUCAUUUGGUGUUCCGCCUUUGUGGUUGCUGAGAUGCAUGGCCUGCCAUCGAACAACAAGUUCAUGUCUGUUGCAGUCGAACUUCCAGUAGUGGUGUAUUAUCAUCAUUCUAGUACCUUAGUUUGGUUCUGGUAGUGAUAUGUUAUCUGUAAAACUAUCAUUCUAGUUCGCUGAUGUGUCGAGUGGUUCUUGUCUAUCAAGAAAAGAAGUAAGUUGACUUAUC